AAUUCAUCCUGAAGUGGGAGCAAUAGAACACAAGAAACUAUGAUUCUGUCCAAGGUUUUGGUGGUCUUUGGACUGACUACAGCGGCUGUAUUUGCCGACCAGUCCAGAUAUGGUGGCGGUGGACGUGGUGGCGGUGGUGGUGGACGAGGCGGUGGCAAUGGAGGCUUGAGCAAAGUGCCCGGAGGCGUUGACUUCAGCAAUUGUGAGCAACAACCCGAUGGCAUGUGCUGUGUUAUGAAAGACUCUUUCGUCACGAGUCUGUCCAAGGAACCCCUUCUGGAGUGCACCCACAAGAAUGUGGAGAAAUGCCACUACACCUAUGUUACGCAAUUCGAACCCGCUCAAGAGGAGGUGUGCGAGGAGAACUUCGAGAAGAAGUGUCAGAUCACCUUUCGUCAAGUGGCCAAUCGGGAAACCGUUAAGAAGUGCCUGACCCCUUUGAAGAAAGUCUGUGAUGAAGAUCAGCCCGCUUAUGGCCAGCCCACCUAUGGCGGCGGACGCCGUGGUGGUAACAACGGUGGCGGUGGCGGUGGUGGUGAGGAAGAGUGCCGUACCUUCUAUGAGUCCUCUUGCACCACCCGAUACAUUGAGAAGACCCCUGGCAAGUUUGUUGGAGAUACCCAGUGCGAGAAGCUCCCCAAGAAGUUGUGCGGCCAGGGUUGCCGUAUGGAACAAGGCGCUCCUGAAUGUCACGAUAAGGAAAUUGAUGUUCUGAUUGAUGUGCCCGAGGAGGUCUGCGACUUGAAUCCCCAGAAGACUUGCCGAUAUGUGACCAAGUUGGUGCCCCGGCUCAAGCCUGAGCAUGAGUGCACCGUCAUUCCCCAAGAGAUCUGCAACCUGAAGUUCACCCCUCCCAAGUCCGAGAAGAAGCCCCUCAAGACCAAGUGGUGCAUUGACCCCUAUGGUGAGGUUGAACCUGAUGAGACCUAUGGUGAUACUCCUCCCAAGAGUCCUCCGGUGGGGGACUAUUCUCGACCCGCAGCCUCCUCUCAAGUUGGUUACGCUCAACCCGCUCCUCCUUCCUACGGCAAUCCUACCCCUCCUCCCACCACCUACGGCAACCCCAAUCCCCCUCCUAGUACCUACAACCAACCUAUCGCUCCUGCCCCAACCUCCUAUGCCCAACCCACUGGUGAUUCCUACAGCCAACCCGCUCCUUCUGCCCCUUCCUCCUAUGCUCAACCCGCUGAGGAUUCCUACGCUCAACCCGCUGAGGAUUCCUACGCUCAGCCCGCCGAGGACUCCUACGCUCAGCCUGCUGAGGACACCUAUGCUCAACCCGCCGAGGACUCCUAUGCUCAACCUGGUCCCGCUCCCACCCCUGGUCCCGUGUACUACAAGCCCGUGUCGGAGAGCCAAUCCAACAGCAACAGCUACUCCGGUCCCUCUGCCCCUGCUCAAAACCCCUACAGUAGCCAGCCUUCUUACACCAACAAACGUGUUUAAGCAGGAAUUGUUACCCAUCGUUGCAUUAUUUAUUACUAUUUAUAACACCUCAUAAUAUUCAUGUGGCAUUGUCGCAGAAAAUAAAUCACACUAACC